AGGCGUUUCACCGACAAUUCAUCAUCUUAUAAUUGUACUCUCUUCUCAACUCGAUUUCUGCAGAUCUCUCUUAUUUAUGAUCUCCCUUCCCCCAAGAUUCAAAUAAAAACAUGGUACAAUCAAAGAAGUUCAGAGGCGUCAGGCAACGCCAGUGGGGCUCUUGGGUUUCUGAAAUUCGCCAUCCUUUACUGAAGAGAAGGGUAUGGCUAGGCACAUUUGAGACUGCUGAGGCUGCAGCAAGAGCAUAUGAUCAAGCUGCCAUUCUCAUGAAUGGUCAAAAUGCCAAGACCAAUUUUCCUGUACCCAAGACUACUACUACUACUCAACAAGGCAAAGACUGUAAUUCUGAUCAUCAUAACUACUCUCCAUUUCCUUCCAAGGAUCUUUCAGAACUUCUCAACACAAAACUUAAAAAGUGUUGCAAAGACUUGUCACCUUCACUCACCUGCCUCAGGCUUGACAAUGACAAUUCUCAUAUUGGGGUGUGGCAAAAGCGUGCUGGAUCACAUUCAAGCUCUAGUUGGGUGAUGAGGGUUGAGGUCGGCCUACAGAAGAAGAAGACACAUCAGGUUUUGGAAGGUACAACAUCAAUGGCAUCACCAACUACUGUUCAAGUUGAAGCCACAAAUGGAAUUGGAACGGAUCAUGAUGAAGAUAGAGUUGCAAUGCAAAUGAUCGAAGAACUACUAAAUUGGAACUGUCCUUCUAGUUUGUUUAUUUAG